UUCGCAUGCUAAAACAGGGAAGGAGGAGGCAACGAAAAAGGGUAGGGAGGGAGGGCGAAGGGGCGACGAGAUGGACGACUACGCGAGGGAGAUGAUGGAUCUCAAGACCCUCGUCACUCGCACCCUCGAGAAGAAAGGCGUCCUCGCCAAGAUCAGGGCUGAGCUCAGAGCAAGUGUAUUUGAGGCAAUAGAAGAAGAGGAUCAAGUUCUUGAAAAUGAUGACAAUGUUCCUCCUGCAUUACUAGGGAGCUGCAAUGACCGAGCGAAGCAACUGCAUACCUCUCCUUCAGGAAGGUUAUUAACAGCACUAAUUUGCGAAUAUUUGGACUGGGCCCAGUUAGGCCACACACUCAAAGUUUAUCUGCCCGAGUGUAAUUUGCAAAAGGACUUCUGGAAAGAAGAAUUGAAAGAUUUUAGUAACAAAAAUCAGUAUGAUUCGAACAAGAAUGGUGAUAGUGGUCCACUGCUCUUAGAAGUUCUUGAAGGAUACUUAAAAUAUGAGAAUUUGACCCAAAAUAGGAUGGCCGGAGGGAGUUUAAUCAAUUCAGAGACAGAGUCAAUAUCUAGCGGGGAGGCCAGGAAUGUCCGAAGGCCAUUUUCAUCAUCAUCAUCAUCUGCUGCACACGGAGGCUUACCUUCUUUGGACAGGCCGGUCCCUCUUACACAGUCAUCAGAUCGAAAGUCAAGUUCCUCGGUUCCUACGAAUAGGAAGGACGAUUACAUGUGGAGAUAUGACGCUGAGAUCUCAGAAGAUGUAAUGCGAGCUGCAAAUGCUUUAGAGAACAUUCAGCUCGACAGAAAAGCACGGAAUUUGACAACAUCUUGGAGGCAUGUGAACAAUGGCAUUAUGGAAGACGAUGGCACGGUGGAUCGUCGUUAGCAUGACUUACAGCUUCUGUUACGUUUCUAGCUUGUUUCGGUUUUGUGCGUGCAACGUCAAGACUAAGAAGCUGUUCCAGUUGCUGAUCUCCCCCUUCUUCCCCGUUGGAGCUUUCUAUUAAUGCAUCGGGGUUCACACGAUUGUCUCUGAUGUUGUUUUCAGCACCUGUAGCUGAUUCAUGUAUCCCCCUUGUGAUGCCUAUCAUUUAGGACCUGCUGAGGCUUUUGCUUUUCCAAAUCACAGUAAUAUCAUCAUCUCAACAAAUGCCCAGUAAGUGCUUUGCUUGUUGCUGAUCUUCUAAUAAACUCAAUUGUUCCUGGGGCAUUCUUUUGUCACAUUGGUAGUUUGAUUGAAUGUGGCUCUUCUUGAUGUGUA